CCAAAGCCAUCGAUGAUGGUAUCGAUAGUGCCAUCGAUAUUUUGCCACUACUACAAAAUCGUCGCAAGUGGAGUUUUUGGGCAUCAAUUUCCGAUGGAAUCCUGUUUCAAAAGUUUUGAAGAGUCUCGGCCAAUUGAAGUAUGGGAUGACACCAUGCUAGUAAAAUCGUACAACGACGGUGUAAAUCUGUUGAAUGAAGAUGUAGCAAAACGUGUUGCAAGAAAUACAAAUGUGGAGCCUGCAAAAGCAUCGGUUGAUGGAACUAUCGGCGUGAAAGAGGGGGAUUAUGUUCGUGCCACAUACGAAAUCGAUGGAUGUGAUUAUGAGGCCAAAAUAAUAACCGUAGAUGAAACCAAUGCAACGUGUUUAGUGAGGUACAUUGGAUACGACAAUGAACAAACGGUUAAUUUAAAAGACUUGGUUCCUUCCUGGGGAAAGAAUGCACGGCGUGUGCAGAUUGAACGAGCUAAGAACAGUACAAAUAAGUACGGCAACGUUAAAAGGCAAAGUCUGAAGCUCAGGGAAAGCUAUCUCAGCAAAGUGCCACCACCUCCACCAAUGCCUCUUAUGUUAACUAAAAACAUUGAAGGUUCUGAACAUUUAUCGGCCAUGUUAAUGUCAUGGUACAUGAGUGGUUACUACACCGGUAUCUAUGAAGGGUUACAUCAAAAAAAUUAAAAACUGGGUACUAAAAAAUAAUUUAAAUUUAAAAAUGGCAUGUUUUAUGAGUGGUAAAUAAAUUUAAGGCAUAAAUGUAGAAUACC